AUGUCGCAGAACGACCCCUUCUACAUUCGAUACUACUCCGGUCAUUCUGGGCGGUUCGGGCAUGAGUUCCUCGAAUUCGACCUCCGGACCAUCGCCGAUGGCAGCAGCGCUGCUGUGCGAUAUGCGAACAAUUCCAACUACCGCAAUGACUCCCUGAUCCGCAAAGAGAUGUGCGUGAGCGCUGCGAUGAUCCAGGAGGUGAAGCGCAUUAUCAAGGACAGCGAGAUAAUGAAAGAGGACGACUCCAAGUGGCCGCAGAAGAACAAGGACGGACGCCAGGAGCUGGAGAUUCGCAUUGGGAAUGAGCACAUUUCCUUCGAGACCGCGAAGAUCGGCUCUCUGGUCGACGUGACCGAAUCGGCGGACCCAGAGGGCUUACGGGUGUUCUACUACCUCGUGCAGGAUCUCAAGGCGCUGAUUUUCUCUCUGAUUUCCCUGCACUUCAAGAUCAAGCCUAUUUAA